CCUCGUCAUGUCUUAUUAUUUCAGGAUAGUAAAAAUAGAAUGCGUUUACGCCAACCUCGUUUCCAAAGCAUCGUUAUCGUUGUGCAAGAACAUCGAUUUUGCUCGAAUGUGUGUAAAUGUUGCUGAAAUAAAGAUUUUUCAGCAACUUCGUUUUCAUGCUUUUUCAGAAGAGAGUUGGUGUUGUGUUGAUCUUUUUGUCAAGAUUUGAAGAUUAAGCACUGCAAUGGCGUUGUUAGUAUAAUUUAAGAAGAAAAUUAAAUUUAACGAAUCAACAAAGAAACCUUAUAGUUCAGUAAAUACGAAAUGAAAAUUGAGAAAGCCCUUAGCAAGCAAGCUAUGAUAGACUUCACGGCUGGUUCUUUCGGUGGAAUAGCAUGUGUUUACACUGGACAGCCUUUGGAUACAGUCAAAGUUAAGAUGCAAACACAUUCGGCGACGUAUAAAAACACUUUUAAUUGCAUUUUGCAGACGUUCCGUAAGUCUGGUAUUCGAGGAUUUUACGCCGGUGCAACUCCUGCGGUAUUUGCUAAUAUUGCCGAAAACUCCAUCCUGUUUUUAUCCUACGGACAAUGUCAAAAUGUAGUUUGCUACCUUGUUGGACGUAAAAGGGAAGAUUUAAAUGCGUUUCACGGCGCAUGUGCUGGAUCUCUAGCUUCUGUAUUCUCAACAUUUGCUCUUUGUCCUCCCGAGCUUAUAAAAUGUCGCUUACAAACCGCCAGAGAAGAACACGGUGCUUCAAAACACAUCACGCCUGUUGCGUUAAUUAAACAGACUGUUCGUCAAGAAGGUGUACUUGGUCUCUACAGAGGAUUAACUGCCUUGCUUAUCCAAACAAUUCCAGCUAGUUUCUUUUUUUUCGGUGGAUAUGAAGGCACUAAACUGUUGCUGAUACGAAGCGAAGAAGAGAAACUAAAUCCGCCUGCAUGGAAAUUAAUGCUGUCAGGUGGAGUUGGAGGUGUGUCUUUCUGGAUAUCCGUGUACCCCACCGAUGUUAUCAAGUCUAGAGUUCAGGUAUAUAAUCAAGGGAAAAGUCAAAUACCAAUGUAUACAAUGAUAAAAUACAUGCUUAAAACUGAAGGAAUUUCGUCAUUCUAUCGUGGUCUAGGCCCUACUUUAGUGCGUGCGUUUCCAGCAAAUGCUGCCUUGUUUUUCACGUAUGAAUGGAGCAGAAAGGUAUUAUGGGAUGUAUCUUCGUAGGCGCAGAUUUCACGUCAAGUCAGUUGUUUAGUUAAGUUCUAUCAGCCGAAUAUCAAAAAUAAACAUUGUUUUGAUUUUGUGUUUUUAUUGUACAUAUGAUAUAGGAUAUGGAAACUGAAAUAUAAUUAUUCUAUCAAUGA